UUCACACUCUCUGACCCCAGAUCAGUGGAAACCAGACCGUUAGGAGUUUUUCAUGUCCAUGUGUAAAGUUAGAGAGACUAGUUAGCCUGCUCGGUUAUUAUUAAAUCACAACAUAAGCAUAAAACAAACAAACAAACAAAAGUACUGAUGAGAGCCGAGGUCCAGUCCACUGCUGUGACAGGAGGAGGAGGAGAACCUCCAGCAGCGACGAAGAAGAAAAAGAAGAAGAAGAACAAAAAAGGAAAAGAGACGAAAUGUCACAUCUGUCUUCAGAUGUAUGGGUCUCAGAACCCGGAUAAACACAUGCAUAGCUACUUGCACCAUGAGGCGCUCGAGACACUUACAGGCGGGGAGCUGAUGCACAAGUGUUGGGCGUGUGAUGUGUCUGUGCUGGGCUUGGAGCAAUUCAGAAUACACAUUAAUACCCAUGAGCACAAAAACAACCUGAAUUCCCUGAAGCAGCGCAGAGAGAAAGGUUUUACAUUGGAGUACAAUUACGACGAGUUGAAACCUCUCUGGGCUCAGAGAGAUCGCAACCGCCACAAGUUAAAACUGAAGAAGAAAAAAGAAAAGCUGAAAAAGUUGCUAGAGAGAAAGGCAGCGAAAGUCCAAAAAGCAUCGAAUCAGAAAUCACAGACGAAAGAUGGAGCACACUGGGGAAAACUGGGUAAAGGUUUCGUCCCACCUGGCUCACACGCCGCGAAAUCGAAACAGAGUGACAAUAAAAGUGUCGCAUGUCCAAUUAAUAAUGAAAACAAACCGGGAAAGAUGGACGCAGAUCCUGUUCUCGAGUCUAGAAAUGACGACAGAGCCCAGAGUGUUGGCUUGAACAGUGUUUGUUCGCAGACAAAAUGUUCCAAGUCCGUCACAUGGUCCAUGAAGGAAGAUGUGAACUUCACAAGCGACGCUGUACAGGAAAAUUUUUCUGUCUGGAAGGAAAAUGAAUCGCAGCAGAGCCAGGACACAUCCAGAAAGCAGGAUGAAGUCGUGCUUUCUCAGAAGAGAUCAUGCGAUUCACAUGUCUCUGAUUCUCCACCUGCGAAGAAGCAAUAUUUGAGAGAUGUUCCAUCCAUGAAGCCCAGAUUCACUCCAUCUGGUUGUGGUGAAAAAGUGGACAGUGAGCAUGCGAGUCAGUCAGCUGCACUGCUCCGUGCUCCAGGGCUGGUCCAGAGCCACACGGAUCCCUUGUCUGUAAUGCUGAAGAACAUCCGUAAGUCUGUGGCGGAGGAGCAUCUGACUGUCGGUUCUUCAAAAGAUCCUGAUCCUGGCGAAGGAUCAAAGCAACACAAAGACAGCAAAGAAACAACACUUUCAGACGUUCCGAAUUUCUCUGAAAAGUCAUCCAUAAAAAGUCAAAAACCUGAAGUCUGCCAGAUCACGAGAAAAUCAUCUCUACAUCAACAGGAAACCAGCCUUCCAUCAUCCAGUGCUGACCCAGACCAGAAACCAGAACCCACCCAGACCAGAAACGUCCUCCCGACCCUGUUGAGCCGAUCAGUCAGCAAAACGGAAGCCAACAAACCCAACCUGAAGGUGGCCCGAGGAAUCCACGCACCCCAGAAACCGAGCCAGGCGGCCGAGUCGCGGGUGCUGAAGCCGGCGCUGCAGAAGCUCAUCAGCUCGAAGAGCUCGCAGUGGCGCCUCAACUGGAAGGAGAUGUAUGAGGAAGCGACACACAGGAAGCUGCAGAGGGAGAAGGGCAUGCCCAGGUUCGGGAUUGAGCUCGUGACUCCGCUACCUCCUGAUUCACAAGGACUCACGGCUGAAGAAGUUACGCACUUGGAGUUAGACGAAGGCUUCCAGUGGGCGUCCAUCGAGUGUGACCCUGGAAUUCUACCUUGCUCAGUCGAUCCCUCGAGCAAAGACGUAUGUAGAUCCCAACCAGCCGAGACCCAUCCUACUGAGAGACAAGACCAAGGAAAGACUGUGGAAACCACUAAUCGCACUUCAUGGCCAGAGAAACAGAAGCAAAGAGAUGUCAGAGAAAAUCGCAGCACCUCAGAGAUGAGCAGGUCUUCUGAGUUUGGUAUAGAUCGUCUGGAAAACUGUGGUAUUAAUGAUGAUAAUGUGUCAGAAACCAGAGCUUUAGGAAGACGACAGAACUUGCCACCACCAGACAGAAGUACAGAGACGAGGCUGGAAAAAACUGACCACAGCCGAAUCGAGUACAUCCCUGUUGGACAAAUAAAACAGGAAAAGCAGGAUUCUCCCAACACUGAUGCGGUGAACAAAAAUCCUCCAAAACGCCAGGUGAAUGAACUGUUGGUCAUGUCUCUGAGAGAGGACGAGUUGUGCAAGUCUCUGGAGGAUGUGGACAGUCAACUGCUCAGGGCUCAAACGGUCCUCCAAACUGCCUUCAUGGAAGUUCAGCGCCUUCAAAUGAUCAAACAGCAGGUAACUGAUGAGAUGUCGUCCCUUAGAAGUAAGCGUAUAGACAUCCUGCAGAAAAUAAAAAAUUCCAGACCUCACCGGACAUCCGAUGCAGAUUCUCCCAGAUCUGCUGUUCAGACUCGCCGGAGAGCCGCAGGUGCCUUGAGGCAGCAUCAGGACACGGCGCUGGAUCUCUCUUCUGUUGUGUAGGAGGUUCCUGACGAUCAGAGACGCACUGAUUUAAGCUGAGCUUUACUUCCAGUCUCUGAGUGAAGAAAGAUGCACAUCGAGCUCUCCGAAAGCACUGUGACGCACCUUCAUCAGCUUGGAGCUGAGGCCCGGCUGAAUACCAGGCUGUAACUGUGUGUGUGUGUGUGUGUGGUGUGUGUUGAAGCGACUGCAAAUUUACACUGUGGUAUUGCAAAGAAAAAAAUGAGCAGUGUGACCGAGAGGAUGAGCUCAAGCCUCUUAGACGUUCUCCGUGUUUGUAGAGGGCGUUUCUGAAGAUCUGAGGAGCCUUAGUGGCUGAUUAGGUCUGUGUGCCUUAAAAGGUGUUUUUUUUCUUUCUCCUUGAUUAGAUUUGUCUGUAUAUUUUUCUAGCUAUGCACUGAAGUGUUCUUUCUGUGUAGAUGUUAUAUGGGUGGGGUUUAUUCUCCAUACAGCAUUGACAUUGUGUGUGUGGUGCUGUUCAAGGAAAAUGAUCAAAGUUGGAGUAGUGUGAUGAAGUGGAGUUACUUCAACAUCACACCGCAAAGUAGCUAUUAUUAUUGUUUUCCAAGGACAAUGUGGAACAAAACUUCUUAUUUCUCUUCUACAACAUCAAUUUACCAACAAUUACAAUUUUAUAAUGGAACAAUGUUUUUUUUUUUUUUAUCCACAUAUUUAAUGUUCAUGAAACAGCUUGGUUCCUGUUUUGACUUGUGUCCAUUACCAACAUGUCUUUUUUUUUCUGUCCUCUGUUGAAAUAAAUCAGACCAAA